AUGAUUGAAGGAAAAAUCAGUCACAUGAUCAUCACGGAAGUAGGAAUGCGAUGUAGGAGCAUUUCAACAAUGGCCUUCACCUCGGUUUUAUUAUUUAUCUGCUCGAUUUAUAGCUGUUAUGCUCAAGUGCCUCUGCUCAUGUGGACCAGUGGUGGGUCCAACAUGCCACACCUGGCCCAACCAGCAGCUGGUCAGACAGUGUCUGGAGGGCAGCUGGCAUCUUAUCUGAAAUCUGCCUUGUCCGGUGCUCCACACAAUGUGCUGCUCUUCCUGCAGGAUAAGCUAAGUAUGGAAGACUUCACUAUGUACGGUGGAGUGUUUGGCAACAAGCAGGACAGUGCCUUUUUGACUGUAGAGUCAGCACUUCAGGCGUCCUCCAGUCCCCUGGUAUUGCCAGCCCUGGACUGGUCUGCAUCACAUUCCAUCCUGGAACUCUUCCAGGGCGAGCUGGGUAUCCCAGCAGUCCACAUCGACCCCAACACCCUGAAGGAAAUCAAGCUGAACACCUCACAGCCUUCACUGCUGGCUGUUCAUCUCCCUUACACUGCUGGGGUUCAGACAAAGGAAUCGCUUUUGAAAAAUGAUGCGAUCAUUGGAGAGGUCCUUAACGUAUUCAAAUCUCAGGAUGUGCCUUACACUGCUGUAUACACCGGUCUGAAGCCCUCUAGAGUCAUUGAGGAGACCCCAGUAAUGGCAGGACGUUCUGUGGGCCGAUCGCUACUUCAGGCACCACCACAGUCGUCUGUGAAACCUCCACUCGUCGUCAACAACACAGCGGGCCGGCCCUGCAUCCUGCUUUGGGCAGACACUCUCCUCGCUAGUUACUCUGGGAAGCAGGAUGAUCUGGCAGUACACAUUUUUAAUGGUUCUGCUGACACGGCUGGUUCAGUUUGCAAUGAAACACUGUCAAGACUCGUCAUUAAUUACCAAAACGUUCUGGAUUUGCGAUCCCUCCGGCUUAUCUUCUCUAUGCGCAAGAUCUUCUUUCCCGUGUCUGCUCGCAACUGGUCGGUGGUGGAGCAGGUGGUGCUGGAGUAUGACGGGCAGAGGGCCAUCUUUAACGCCAGUGGCGGGAUCUACUCUCCUGCAGAGUAUUCUUUCCAUUGCCAGAGUGUGAGCAGCAUUCAGAGCCCCCUGCUGGUGCCUCGCAGUGCUACGGACAACGCUAACCAAUGGAAGCUGUCCUUCACUGAUUUUCAGAUUCAAGGCUUCAACGUUACUGGUGAAGACUUCUCGUAUGCCAGCGACUGUGCAGGAUUUUUCACUCCAGGGAUUUGGAUGGGCCUGCUGACCUCUCUGCUCAUGGUGUUCAUUCUUACCUACGGCCUGCACAUGAUCAUGCAGCUUCGCACCAUGGACCGCUUUGAUGAUCCAAAAGGCCCAGCGAUUUCAGUGCCUCAGAGUGAGUGAUUUGAGCCAACAACCAAAAACUGUCAUGUUGUCAAAAUUGUACAAAAAAAAAAAAAACCUUGAUUUUGUAUGUAUGUCAAAAAUGAUUUAUGAAUUUAUGGAUCUAGUAUGAGUAUUUGAGGGUUUUUGAGAGUAUGUAUAUUCAAAGGCAAAUAAUAUUUUUCAUUUUUUUUUUAUUUUGAUGUCUUGUAGAAAGUGGUGAAAUUAUUUCCAUCUCUCCCUUAUUACAUUCAUUAUUUGAUUAACUUUGAUAAAGCUUUACAAUAAGGUUCUGUACAAAUAAAUGCAAUAGCUAACAUGAAAUAACAAUGAACAAUUCUUUUACAGCAUUUUUAAUGAUUAAGUUGUAUAAAUGAACAUUGUUAUAUACUGUACAUAUAUAUGAAGGAACAUGGGUUAACAUUGAAUAUGAUACAGAUUUUAGAUUUGUAAAUUAACAUUGGUCUAGAGAUUAAUAAAUGCUGCAAAAAAGUUGUUUAUUGACAUUAGUUUAUGAUUCCUUAUGCAUUGAAUUGAACCUACACAUUUCAGUACACAUGCAUGUUUCUUAUGAAUGCAAUAACUUUUCACAUGUUUUGUAUUAGACAAUCUUAUGCUGUUAUUUUUUGGGCUCCUGUUAUUUAUCUUGUCAUUUAAAUCUGGUGGUUUGUUUUUCAUAUUGUACUAGGUUUGUAUAUGUUUUUUUGUAGAUGUACAUUAAGAGUUGCCAAUAUUUAUGUUUUUUGACCAUGGAGCUUUUAUUUUGAGACCACCUACAGAUCUCAGUGAUAUACACAAUUGCAAGAGGUGGAUUUAUAUAUGAUCAACUUUGUUGCAAUUUAGCAUUUGCACUGUCAAAGUAGUGGUUCAAAACCAUUAUUACAAAUAACAGCUAAUUGCUACAAUAAAACAGUAUGAUACAUAUUUGAAAGUGCAAGCU